AUGCUGACCCACAGCGCCCUCGCCCGCCUGGCUGCCGCCAACACAUCGGCGCGCAACCUCCCCCAGCUCGCCCGCUUCCUCCACCGCACCCUCCUCGCCCGCAAUGCCUCCGACCUGCCAGCUGCGCGUGCCCUGACACGUGCCCUCAACUCGGCGAUUGAGGCGCGUCGAUGCUACGCUACCACGACGAGCGCAACGACACCCACGGCGACUGUGAAGAAGGCAGUCAAGGCCCAGGCAGUCAAAAAACCCGCUCCUCGCAAGACUGCAGCUACGAAGAAAACAAGGGCAGCUGCAAAGAAACCAGCAGCGGCCAAGUCCAAGCCGAAGAAGAAGGCUGCUCCCAAGAAAAAAGUAGUCGUGAAGAAGCGCGUGAAGAAGGUGCUCACGCCCGAAGAGCAGCGGAAGGCGAAGAUUGCUGAGCUGCGCAAGCGGGCGCUCAAAGAACCCGUGGGCCACGGGGUCGUAUCAUCAUACGCCGUGUUCGUCAGUGAACACGCCAAGGGCAGCAAGGGCGGCAAGGAUCUCGCUGCAACUUCAAAGGAGACUGCAGCCAAAUACAAGGAACUUACGCCUGCGGAGCGUGAGCACUACAACCACUUGGCUGCCGAACGGACAGCAGCAAGACGUGCCGAGUACAAGGCCUGGAUCCAGUCUCAUACGCCCGCACAGAUUCAGGAUGCCAAUAAAGCGCGCUCCGCUUUGCGGCGACUUAAAGCUUCGGCCCGCUCAACUAAGCUCGUCGACGACCGUCAAGUCAAGCAACCUCCGGGCGCUUAUAUCCAUUUCUUCACUGAAAGAAAAUCCACCCCUGACUUCAGAGGCAUUUCUGUUCAAGAGUCUGCCAAACUGAUCGGCGCCGAGUGGAAAGCAUUGAAUGCUGGCGAGAAGAAGAAGUAUGAAGACCAAGCCGCAGCAAGCAAGGUAGAGUAUCAGCGUCAGGUGGCCGCUGCCGCCUGAAAGACAGACGUUAUAGAUCGGAAGGUGACACUUUUGGGUCAGUAAACAAAUCAGUGCGGACGAGAUGCCGUAUGCAGGCCACAUACUGGUGUUACCGUCACUAACGCAGAUCGACGUGCGUAAUACGAUCAACUUCAGCCUUGCGUAUUGGGUUCUUGCGGUAAGCAUGAUCACUUGUUUGGUUUAAUCUUCUAAGGGCGGGCUACCGUCUUGCCGACUCGUGUAUCAUUUGUGUAAAGUAUACAAAUACAAGUAUGUACGCAAUCCUUUGCUAGUCUUGCAA